UCCUCCACGGAGGCCCCGAAGAACAAUGCCAUCAAAGACCCGUGUGCCGCUGCGCGCUCCGCAAUCCGUCGCCAGCCUACCCUCCGCCGCCCUUCGCGCUAUGGCUCCACCCUGCGCAGCGCAACCCUCCGAUCGCCCUUCCCUCGUCCGCUGGUGGAUGAGAUCGAGCGCGAGGCGAAUGGCCUCCCCCGCCAUGUCCGCUCUCCGCUGUCGAACCCCAGCACCGCCGACGACCCGUUCGAUCUGACCACCGGCCUCCUGGAUUCAAGUCGACGCGAAGCGGGUCAGCGGCUGCUGAGCGAUGCGCUCCGUCAUGACCGUCCGGGCCAGCGCCUCAGAAUUCCACAAAACUCGUCUUUCCCCGACUUCUACCGCCGCCCGUCGCCCGGGGUCGAGGUGAACAACAACAGGCCGGAGCAGGAUGCUCCAUCCUUCACACCACGCUUCGCCCCUGCGAUCGCAUACCACAGGACGUCGUCUCCUCAGGCGCACCCCGAUGCCCUCCGCCUGUCGCGGUUCCUUCGACCGGAUAGCCUGGGGGAUCUCUCGAUCGCGGCGGCCUUUCCGUCAUUGCGACGCGUCGGACAGCGAUCGAUCAAUGAGGCGACCCGCCCUGCCCGCGAAGCGAUGGUCGAUGGCCUCGGCGAUCGCCAGAGAAGUGUCAGUCCGGACGACGACCAUGCCAAUGAUGCGUGGGAGACUCUCCUCACUACGAUCACACCGGAUACCAGCCUCCCCAGCGCCGAUUCCUCCUUCACGUCGGCCUCUGCAUCGGGGACGACUGCUUCGACGAUCGGGACGACCCGGAGCUCCGCAACCUCACUGCAACCCAUGUCCAACCCCAUGGACUCGGGUGCGAAUGCCCUACAAAGAGCGCUUGAUCCGUACCCCGAGUUUCUGAACCCGUGUGACUAUUCGAGCUCGACCGACUCGGAAAGCGAUUCGGAGUCGGGGAUCUCGCAGCAGUCGCUGUUCCGGCGGUACCGACGUAUCCGGCAGAUGGAGUCGCUGCGACGUGCCCAGCAUCUCCAGUCGACGAUGAGCAACCAUCCUCCAAUUCCCACCAUCUCCUUUGCAUUCUCCGAUUCUUCUUCCUCGGACCCCGACCUGCACCAGAUGCAGGCCAUCCUCGACCGACUGGCGCGCCGGGAGGAUAUUCCGGACGAGUGGUGGGCGGCAGCGGGCCUGUCUCGCACCCUUGGGCGUCGGAUCGGGGAAUCGCAUGGCGCCGAGACGGUGGACGGGCCACUUCCGCCGCGAUGA